CCUCGAGUCAUCGGAACCGCGCUCCUGGGACCCCUGUACUCUCUAAGCUCCACAUUUGAAGGUGGGAGCGGUCACCGUCCCCCUCAGAGAAGACCAGAGGUUCCAACUGUGUGGACACAUCCGGGGCAGUGUGACACUAGUCGUCUCUCCUGCAGAGGGGCCGGGAGGUGGCCACAUCGCUAGCACUGGAGGGCGGACCACAGGAGGAACUGGGGCUCAUGGUGGCCUGGGGUCCGUGGAACAGGACUGGCAGGUGAGGAAGCGGAGGAAGUGGGAGGGGAGGCAAGGAGUCUGCCGGGACUCCCCGUCUCUCCCCCGCCGCCAGGCGUGUCCUCCCUCUUCCCCAGCUCCCGGGGUCGAGCCACCGCCCACCAUGGCCUCCAAGCAGGCUGCGGGGCGGAGCCCAGGGGAGAAGCGCAAGAGGGUGGUGCUGACCCUGAAGGAGAAGAUCGACAUCUGCGCGCGCCUGGAGAAGGGGGAGAGCAGGAAGGUGCUGAUGCAGGAGUACAACGUGGGCAUGUCCACCCUGUAUGACAUCAGGGCCCACAAGGCGCGGCUGCUGCACUUCUUCGCCAGCUCAGCGUCUGGAGCGGCGGCUGAGCGGCGGCGGACCCUGCACACGCCCAAGCUCGAGCACCUGGACCGCGCCCUGUACCAGUGGUUCCUGGGCAAGCGGGCUGAGGGCGUGCCCGUGUCGGGCCCCAUGCUCAUCGAGAAGGCCAAGGACUUCUACGAGCAGAUGCAGCUGACGGAGCCCUGCGUGUUUUCGGGCGGGUGGCUCUGGCGUUUCAAGGCCCGGCACGGCAUCAAGAAGCUAGACACGUCCGGUGAGAAGCAGGCGGCCGACCGCCGAGCCGCCGAGCAGUUCUGCGGCUUCUUCCGGAGCCUGACGGCCGAGCACGGCCUGUCCCCCGAGCAGGUGUACAACGCCGACGAGACUGGCCUUUUCUGGCGGUGCCUGCCCAGUCCCAGCCUGGAAGGUGGGGCGGUGCCCGGCGUCAGGCAGAGCAAGGACAGGCUGACCGUCCUCAUGUGUGCCAAUGCCACCGGCUCCCACAAGAUCAAGCCCCUGGUGGUCGGCAAGGGUGGUGGUCCCCGGGCUUUCGGGGGCAUCCAGCAGCUGCCCGUCGCCUACAAGGCCCAAGGGAAUGCAUGGGUGGACAAGGAGAUUUUUUCCGACUGGUUCCAUCACAUCUUCGUCCCAUCAGUGAAGGAGCACUUCCGGGCGGCCGGUCUGCCCGAGGAUGGCAAAGCCGUUCUGCUGCUGGACAACGCCCGCGCCCGCCCACGGGAGGCCGAGUUGGCCUCCGGCAACAUCUUCACCGUCUUCCUGCCCGCCAGCGUCACGUCGCUGCUGCAGCCCAUGGACCAGGGCAUCCGGAGGGACUUCAUGAGACACUUCGUUAACCCCCCCGUCCCGCUGCAGGCCUGCCACCCCCGCUACGGCAUGAAUGACGCCGUCUUCAACGUGGCCUGCGCCUGGAGCGCCGUGCCCGGCGACGUCUUCAGCCGGGCCUGGAGGAAGCUGUGGCCGGCGGCCAUGUUCGCCGAGGGCUCGUCCUCUGAGGAGGAGCCGGAGCACCUCCGAGUGAAGCCUCACGGUCAGACUUUCACGCACAUUCUGGAGCUGGGGACGGACGCCCCGGCCCGCCCUGGCAGCCGGCUUCCCCAGGCCGCGGCAGCCGAGCGGGACAGGCCGGGACACGCGGUCGGAGAAGGCCCGGCCCUGGGCGCAGGGAGCCUGGAGCUCGCCAAGAAGGACGGCGACGAGGCGGCCUGGGAGCAGGCAGCCUCGUCCUUCGACGCCGUGGUCCGCUUCGCCGAGGGGCAGCCCUGCUUCACGGCACAGGAGGUGGGGCAGCUGCGCGCGCUGCGCUCCGUGUUCGCCAGGCAGAGGCAGGUGAAGUGGCGGCGCGGCGCCCUCAGGGCCGUGGUCAAACUCGAGGCCCCUCAGGAGGCCUCCACUCUGCCCUGCUCCUCUGCAGCCACUGAGCACUGACGUCCGCGCGGCCCUCGCCUGCGGCUGGAGCGUGUCUAGGAGGUUGCGGCGGUCGGGGUGUGUGCAUCUGCUUCAUCGCGGGCUUGCCGUGUUUUCUGUCCUGGCCCGCGAGUGUGAGCGGCCACUCCGGCUGGGUCGCCCACACCUGAAGCCGACCCCGCGUCCCAUGAAUGGAAGCGGGGGCCCAGCCGGGCAGAGUCUGGGCUCGUGUUCGCCGGCUGAGCCCUGCUGUGUGCGUGGGUGGAGCUGUCUGUCUGUCCAGGACGAGGAAAGCCAGCCCUCGGGUCAGCUGAUGGCAGGACCUGCUGCCCCUUGCCUGGGGCUGGCGUUGCCCUGGGCCCGCCCUGUCCUCCUUUCGGGGCUGGGUCGCGCUGCUCGUGGCUUAUAGGUGGCAGUUGUCCCGUCAGCCAUGAACUCACUUAACCAUGCCAGCCUCUUCUUGGAAGUUCCUCAGUGUUGCCAGGAGUCCUCAGCCCUGGGGUCGGGACUCCAGGACGUGGGGGCCACACGCGGGGUUGGCAUGGCAGAGCCCCUUCCCCUAACACAAGCAGGACUGUCCUCCCCCUCCCCCCACCGACCAUCUGUUGCCCCAGGGGGCCCGUGGCACACCACGGGCGUGUCUAGCAUCCUGGUGCCAAGUCCACUCCGAGGUCCGAUCCCCGUCCGCGGGAGGUCACGCUCACUGCCUGCCUGUCCCCGAGUUUCGCCGAGGCAUUCAAAAAUGAGAUUUAGGCCUCCGCUCACCACCCGGCGUAGAAGGAGCUGAUUGGAUUUCCGGCCGCAUCUGAACCCCUGCGUUCGCUGUUCGCGCCUCUGUACCCCGGCAGGGAGGAGCCGGCUGCACGGCUUGGUUGUGGGAAGAUCGCGCCCGCCGUGGCCCCCCACCGGCUCCCCGUGGCCCGGCCUGGCCCAGAGCCAGGACUGCCCGCGGCCCGGGACGGCAGCGCACCCUCCUUGUGCGUGCACGUGGGGGCCGCGACUCUGUUUUCUCCACCGCUGCGUCCUCGGGUCGGCCUCGCUGCCCGGCCGCCUGCUGGUUCUCAUUCCCACGUCUGCUGGGGCGCCCACCAGCAGCGAGGGACGUGGUGUGGGGUUCGCAGGCCACUCGUGUGCUGCGUGCUUGUCUUCCCACGUGCAGGCGAGGCAGCUGCCUGUGGACGAGCGCACUUCCUGCUCUGCACGCGGGCGGAGACCGCGGCCGAGCCCGGCUUCUCGGAGCGCCCUCAUCUCCGGGCCAGGUGGCCUCAGGGCUGUGCCGCCUCCACGCCCUUUCCUUCCCGUGCGGGGAGUGACACCUCUGCAGCCCUGCUGUUCGCUGCCGUGGCAGACCACGUCGUCGAAGGACAGUUGCUUGUGGUGAGGUGUCGGGAGUCCCUGCAGCACCUGCCCUCGCCUCGGUGGCCGUGGUGGCAGCCCGGAAAGGUGGCCGGAUGCCGAGGAGCUCUCCCCCGCAGCCUGGCGUGCUUCUUGAACAGGACUUUGCCGGCGGGUGUAGCUGGAGGGGCAGGACAUGGGGGGCUCCUGGAUCCCCUGCGGAGGCUCUGUUCCAUCAGCUUGUGGAUCCGUGCCCCCAUCCUGGCUGUUUUGCGGUCACCCAAUAAACGCUUGUCACCGACGGC